UGCUUUGUGGCAUCUCCCCCCCCCCCCUUGCGUUUUUGACACCCCGAAAAUUCGCACUGAACAAGGACGCGUGUGUCAUCGGCACAUUUUUUUUUUUUUUUCUAAUUUUGUAUUUUUACUGGAAACCAACCGCCUUGGUAGAUGCGAGCGGCGCUAAACACUUUGCUGCUUUUCUUCUAGUCAGAAAACAAGAGUGGCUUUUUUUUUGGGGGGGGGGGUGUUUUUUGUUUCGUUUUUCUCUCUAUUUUUCUUUGCGUUUGAGGAGGUUCAAAGCUCCUCGGACUUGUUGCGACGCCUCCGCGGCCGGGCUGAGCGCUUCAAAAAAAAAGUUGGCUUUUCCGAUUUGUUAAGUGGACUGCAAAAGAAUUAACAAUCCAUAAUACGAAGAAAGAAAGAAAGGAAAGAAAAAAAAAAGAGAAAACUACUUGAUGGAAAUGAGCCAAAGUAGCAGACAGUCGUCGUCUUGUCUCGCGUUUUGGCCAGCGGGCGACAAAGUGGCGGCGGGCGAAAAUGUGCCGCCGGCCACCUUUGCGGUCCAAAACCCGGGCGGAGGCGAGACGAGCGGCACCGGCAGCGGCACCGCUUUCGGGGCGUACGAGGCUGCGACGCGGAGCUGCGCGCGGGCCCCUCGCAAGGAGUCGUCCGACCCGCACUCGUGCGCCACCAUCUCGGAGACCGCCCGCGAGCUGUGCAACGCGGUGUCCGUGUCUCUGGGGCUCUCGGGGUACUCGAGCGACACCGGCGACCUGGCGCACGCGCUCCCCUCGCAGUGCCUGUACCGAGCCGCCGCCAAGUACCGGUGCUCGUCGUCGCGGCACGAGGAGCGCAACGUCAUGUUUCCGAGUUCUGAGGCGAUGACGUUGGCUCAACAGCGCGUCAGUCCGCCGCCGCCGCCGCCGUCGUCGUCUUCCGAGCAUUCGGAGUUCACGUGCGGCCAGCUCGACGCGGCGCCCCCGUGCCGAGCCUACAAGCCCCCGGAGGCGCCCGCCGUCUUCGGACAGGACGCCGGCGGCUACCAGCUGGAGCGGUUCAGCGUCGCCAUCAAGUCGGAGCAGCCCAAGGGCCCGAGCGACCAGGUCCACUGGGGGCCCGACUUCACCCGCAGCGGCGGCGCUUACGACUGCCCCCGGCUGUGGGGCUCGCCCCCGCCGCACGCCGCCGGCGCCGACGCGGCCUUCAUCUGCGAACCGUACGAGAGGUGCACCGGCGCCGCCGCCGCCGAGCAGUGGUACCCGGCGGGCGGGACGUCGGCGCCGCCCUACGCCGCCGGUAACUUCAUCAAGACGGAGGCAGGAGAGUGGUUGGGGGUCGCCUGCGACGACCACAGGUUUGAGACGGGCAGGGAGCAGAUGUUCCCCAUGGAGUUCUUCUUCCCGCCGCAAAGAACCUGCCUCAUCUGCUCGGACGAGGCGUCCGGCUGCCAUUACGGCGCGCUCACCUGCGGCAGCUGCAAAGUUUUCUUCAAGAGGGCAGCAGAAGGUAAAAGAAAGCCAAGUGAGGUCUUUGACGUCGACCUCUCUCUUUCAACCUUGUCGCUUCUCCCCCCCCAAGGCAAGCAGAAAUACUUGUGCGCCAGCAAGAACGACUGCACCAUCGAUAAGCUGAGGCGAAAAAACUGUCCGUCCUGUCGGCUGAAGAAGUGCUUUGAGGCCGGGAUGACUCUUGGAGCACGCAAGCUAAAAAAGAUCGGACAACCCAAAAACGCCAAAGACGACAAAGCCGUUCAGGAUCCAGCAGAGGUCGUCAGGCACCUCGCGCCUGAAAAAAGCCUGAACUCCAACUCGCAGGCGGUCUUCUUGAACAUCCUGGAGUCCAUCGAGCCAGAGGUGGUGAACGCGGGCCACGAUUACGGCCAGCCCGACUCGGCGGACUCUCUGCUCACCAGCCUCAACGAGCUUGGCGAGAGACAACUUGUCAAAGUGGUCAAAUGGGCCAAAGGACUCCCAGGUUUCCGGAAUCUCCACGUGGAUGACCAAAUGACGGUCAUCCAGCAUUCGUGGAUGGGCGUGAUGGUGUUCGCCUUGGGCUGGCGCUCCUACAAGAACGCCAACGGCCGGAUGCUCUACUUUGCGCCCGAUCUCAUCUUCAACGAGCACCGGAUGCAAAUCUCCACGAUGUACGAACACUGCGUCCGAAUGAAGCACUUGUCGGAGGAGUUCAUGCUGCUGCAGCUCACGCACGACGAGUUCCUCUGCAUGAAGGCCUUGCUCCUCUUCAGCAUUCUUCCAGCCGACGGUCUGAAGAACAAGCAGUACUUUGACGAGCUGCGGCUCACCUACAUCACCGAACUCAACCGGCUGGUUAGUUACCGCAUCACGGCCAACUGCGGCCAGAGGUUCUACCAACUCACGCGGCUGCUCGACUCCCUCCAGAUGACGGUAAAGAAGUUGCAUCAGUUUACGUUCGACUUGUUCCUCCAAGCUCAGUCGGUGCACGCCAAGGUGAGCUUCCCGGAGAUGAUCGGAGAAAUCAUCUCAGUCCACGUUCCAAAGAUGCUGGCGGGUUUGGCCAAACCCAUCAUGUUUCACGAGUAGAACGGGAAGGGAGUGGCGGGGGGGGGGCACUAGAUCUUUGCUUUGCUGCCAACAUAAACUGUAACAAAAGCUAUGUACUGUUUCCUAAACUCGUAUUCAUGUUCAGUUCAUUUUAUCUCCAAUUUUAAGCCAUAUUUUUUUUUUUGGGGGGGGGGGGGGGGGGCAAUCAGCUCACGCGCUUGUCUGUUUCCGAGCUGAGGUGUCACAAAGCAAACCAAGACGUAAACGAUUCUGCAAAUCAACCCCACGCCGACCGGGGAGGUUGAAAAACACGUUCCCGACCCUUUGGUUGGGUAAACCCUGGACAGUCGAAGCCCAGGAAGUCCAACACACCAGGUGCCUCGACAAAAAAGUGCCAUUGCUCCGUUUUGUGUGUUUUAUGGGGGGAAAAUUGGCCAAAAGCAUGCUUGACUGUUGCGUUUUUUGAACCCUUGAUCUUUUUGUAAGUCCGCAAGUGGCUCAGCAAGGAGUUCGGGAUGAGAGCAAGACAAACGGAGGACGUACGGUAAAAAUCGUACAUGUGGCGUACCUCUGGAGUCAUGCACGAGUACUCCGCAUUUUGCGGCAGCCCCAAAACAUCAAAUGUUUGUCUUUAAUGUGUAGCGUUGUACAAAAAAAAAGAAAGAAAAGAAAAAUAAUGGCUGCCAUUAUCACACCUGACGGAGACGAAGAGGUCUCUAGGCAGUUUCUGGAAGGGACACCCAAGUGUUACAGAACCGCUGCCUGAAACGGGAGCGCACGAGUUGUAGGAUUUUGCCUUUUUUUAAUUUUUGUAUUUUGAUUUUAAAGUAAUGGUCGUAACUGUAGUCGUCGUGAUUUAAUAUUCAAGUCUUGUUAAAUUUUCUCCUGGUCUAUAUCUCAAGAACCGGCGCCGGGUUGCUGCUGAGUCCCGCGGGCUCAAAGCGAAUUGUACAAUUUUUUGUUUUGAACACUGUAAACGCAUGGGAUGGAUUGACAAUUAAAUUAAAACUAAAAUAUGACCGACAGCUCUCAAGAGCGAUGCCAGAGAUGUUUGGCACCCAUGCGGUGUCGCAAGAACUACAAUAAUAAAAAAUAUAUUGGCAAAAUCA